AUGGUAUGGAGGGGCUGGCUGGCUUUCAGGAUGCUCGGUAGCAGUCUGGCGCACUGGCUCCCAACUACACUCCCACGAGUGGCACCUUGGACCGUGGGUUUCGAGCCGGAGCCUGUACCAUGCUGGAGGCAAGUCGACAGCCUGUCGCAAUGUUGCAAACGAGAGGGCUUUCAGACCUGCGGCGGCGAAAAUGUGCGCUCAAGAUGCUGUGCGUUCCCCGGAAACGUGAUUCACGGGGAAGGCUUGCUGCCAGAACUCGCAGAGGAAUGCUGGGUCACAACCACCCCGAUGAAUGUGACACAGGAUAUCAACGGCCCCUUCUGGGUCAGGCAGCGGAACUAUCUUGUCAGCUGGGUGCUCGCAAACCAUCCCAACGAUGUACUGGAUACGCCGUUGAGAGAGCAUGGGGAGAUUUCAGAGGAGAUGUCAGCACUGCUGGCUGCAGAAUGUCAAGUUGGUAUCAUCGCACUUCAACUUCUGCAGAGCGAAACUUGCAGCAGCACACGUUCUGCUGCAGCUCAGCAAGUGCUGCGAAUGCCUUGGCCAGCUGCCGUGUUCAGUGGUUGGCCAGUGUUCCUCCUAUUGGCACAUGCUGCCGAAGAUGCCUGCAGCCUUCCUUCCAACAGCUCCGACGAUGACGUGCUGGUCGCCGCGCUGCUGGGACUCUGUGAGAAGAUGGAGGCUGCUGUUGCCGGGACCGCCCGGCUUGCUGCCGAGGCGGCCUCUUCAGGUGAUCCCUGGGUCAUCCAGCCUGGCGAGAGGCUCACUGCGCAGAUGGAGGCUGCCAAGGUUUCCUUGGAGCUCCUGCAAAAGAUGGCAAUCAGAGAACCAUCGGCCCCAAAGCCCGCGAGCCUAUGGCUCAUCUUGCACCGGUUGCAGGAGGCACUUAGCCUCAGAGGGACUUGUCCGCCAGGGACGUUUCUCACGAAGGUCCGUGCCUUAGGCUGGGAGUAUCGAAUUUGUAUCCGGCAACCGGAAUCCUUGGGUUCUUGGCUUGGUGGAUCCUUGGUCGACAGACGGAUCUUGAACCAGGGCCAGUGGUCGGAAUGCGCUUUGUCCGCAGAGCUGCUUCCACCUCCAACUUCCCAGGAAAGCCCACAGCACUGGCGUUCUGCUGGGAGCGGCUGCAUCGUCAUCGACCUGGGCGCCAACAUCGGAGCCUGCACGCUGCUUUUCGCUUCCAUGGGUCACCGGGUCAUUGCUGUGGAGCCUGAGCCAUCAAACCUGCUCAUGCUGCACGCCUCGCUCGCCCUGCCACAGCUGGAAACCGACACGACACUGGGCUUCGGAAAAGUGGCUAUUUCACCUGUCGCCGUCGAUGAGGUGGCUGGAACUGUCCAGCUAAGACGGAACCCGUUCGACGCAGGCAACAGCACUAUAGUUCAAAGCGGUGAGGAAAGCGCCGCUGUUGAAGAUCAGAUGCCUUUGGUGGAGUUUUCCAGCAUCGUCCCUGCACUCCCGUUGGACGACAUAGCAGAGGAGCAGGCUUUCCGCCUUGGUGGCUCCCUCUCAGACAUUUGCAUGAUGAAGAUGGACAUCGAAGGAGCUGAGCUCAGAGCUUUGCGAAGUGCACCGAAGUUACUGGCGGGGCCGCUGCGUGCAAUCUCCUUCGAGUUCUCCCCAGGACCGACAGAGGCAGACAUAGCUGAAGCAGUCGUUCUCUUGCAGCUGCUGGCAGGGCAUGGCUUUGUGAUCUUCGGACAUCGCGGGAUGACUAGCGGACUCGUCGUUAGCGAGGAACGCGAGUAUGCAGCUCAUGAGUUUGAGGGCCUUGCGCGGCAUGUAGCAUCACUUCGCGUGCCCGGAUUGCUUUCAGCGCUGAAGCUUUAG